UUUCACCCGUUGGUGAAACCUUGAAAGAAUAUUGAACCUAAAAAAGAGCUGUUUUAAGAAACAAAAAGAAUUAUUUCAUGCUCUAGUAUCACUUUUCCCCCUCGAAAUGAUAAAUUUCAUGGUCUGAAUCGCUUUUUUGGGUUAUUAUUUCCUGGAAAGAAGUCUACCCACUUAAAUCAAUUGCUCAGAUCUAAGCCAUAAUUCACAUGAAUAGUAUGAUUAUUAUUUGGAUGGGUAUUUUUUGAAAACCAGUGACGGGACGGGGAGAAAGCCCCAGAGUCAUUUUUAUCAUUGGUUGCGGUCAAUAGAGAAGAAAUUUGGAAAUGCAUUAUUGAUUUCCAUCUGGGCGUCAAUAAGGAGAGUGGACUGACAGAUCCAAUUUUGGAAAAUUCCGUCAUUCAAAUUCUUUCAGCUUCAUGCUUUCAUGGCUGAUUUGCGGUGAAAAACUUGCAGAGAUCCUGAGUGAAUAGUUACAGAGUUGUUGAAAUUGGGUUGAUCUGUUGAUAAUAAAUGGGGAUGAUGUGGGGAGGGCGUCAUCCAAAAGGAGGAAUUGGAGGAGGAGGGGCUUCCCCCAAAUGGCUGGUCCUUCUCUGCAUUGGAAGUUUCUGCUUUGGAAUGUUCAUCACAAAUAGGAUGUGGAUUUUCCCUGAUUCAAGAAAAGAAACAGAGGCCUAUGCUGGAAAAGAACACCAACUACAGCAUCUUGAACUUUUAAAUGAUUGUGAGCAAAAAAGUAGCUUUCUAUUUCAGAAGGAAACUAAUGUUCGGGCAAAGGAUAUACUUAGUCAAGUAUCAAAAACUCAUGAUGCAAUCAAGACCCUUGAUAAAACAAUCUCAACAUUAGAAAUGGAGCUGGCAGCUGCUAGAGCUGCACAAGCAAAUAGCCUCAAUGGCUCUCCAGUGUUUAUCAAGCCAGUUGGUGAGAAAUCAGAGGAAAGGCAAAAAGCUUUUAUUGUUAUUGGAAUUAAUACUGCGUUCAGUAGCCGCAAGCGACGGGACUCAGUUCGUGAAACAUGGAUGCCUCAAGGGGAAAAGCUUCGCCAGAUUGAACAAGAAAAAGGCAUUGUAAUUAGAUUUGUGAUUGGGCACAGUGCAACACCGGGGGGAAUUUUAGACCGUGCCAUUGAUGCAGAGGAUGCUCAACAUCGAGACUUUAUGAGGCUGAACCAUGUUGAAGGUUAUCAUGAGCUAUCUGCCAAGACACAGAUAUAUUUUGCAACAGCAGUAUCAAAAUGGGAUGCUGAUUUCUAUAUUAAAGUUGAUGAUGAUGUACAUGUUAAUUUGGGUAUUCUUGGGACAACUCUAGCACGGCACCGCUCCAAACCACGUGUUUAUAUUGGCUGUAUGAAGUCAGGACCUGUUCUUGCACAGAAAGGUGCAAAAUACCGUGAACCUGAAUACUGGAAAUUUGGUGAGGAGGGAAAUAAGUAUUUCAGACAUGCAACUGGACAAUUAUAUGUAAUCUCCAAAGAUUUGGCAACCUAUAUAUCCAUCAACCUUCCAAUUCUGCACAAAUAUGCCAAUGAAGAUGUCUCUUUGGGAUCAUGGUUUAUUGGUCUAGAUGUUGAGCAUAUUGAUGAUCGAAGCCUUUGCUGUGGCACUCCUCCAGAUUGUGAAUGGAAGGCUCAAGCUGGAAAUGCUUGUGUGGCAUCCUUUGAUUGGAGUUGUAGUGGCAUCUGUAAAUCGGUUGAAAGGAUGAAAGAUGUGCAUCAACGUUGUGGUGAAGGGGAUGGAGCAGUCUGGAGUGCAGUUUUCUAAAAUAUUCCAGAUGUUUCUAUCAGCUUUACUGUAAUUUAUUUGGUAUCACAAGCUCAAUUCAUAAAUGAUUUUGUCAAAAUAGAAGUUAGAUUUGGUAUCAUUAGAGGGAUGUAUUUAUCCAAAUCUCUGAUUAUUUGUAAUUCUUUGAAGCAUUUUUCCCAUAGUUUCACAAACUUUGAGAAGACCUUGCCUCCUUGUCUCAUUGCCUUGUUCUCGCCAGAUACAGCUCAACUAUGUACACUAAUUUUGAUGUUAUUUUGUCAAGCAGUUUCAAGCCCCACUUACUACACAGAAAUGCAUCUUUGGUGCAUUUUCAGAGGGAAAUGAAUGAAUUUUAUAGUUUUGCCUUGUUUGAGCAUGCUUGGCAGAGGAGCUGUAUGAGGUGCUGAGCUCUAGUCACAACUUGGUGUAAAGUCAAAAGAGUACAGAUAUAAGAACUCGGAGGAUGUAUUGGCUUCUGAAUGCUUUUAAAAUGAGGUCAAAUGAAUGACAUUAUACAUUGAGUUUC